AUGGCUGACUUGCAACAUUCGCAGGACUCUCGCAGACGCCAUCUACCACCAGGACCCAAAGGACUUCCGUUCAUCGGUAAUCUUCUCGAUCUCGCAGACACCGAAAAGGUGCGUGAGAAGGCCAUAGAAUGGCACCAGAAGUACGGGGAGAUCUUCUACACCAAAAUCGGCGGCGCAGACUAUGUCUGGCUCUCUUCGCCUCGCGUCGUGAAGGAGCUCAUGGACAAGAAGUCGUCGAUAUAUUCCUCCAGGGCGCCGCAGCCCAUGGCAGCAGACACCGUUAGCGGCAAGCAGCGACAACUCUUUAUGGUGUACGGUCCGGAGUGGCGGCAACUUCGAAAGUAUAGCCAUGCGCUGCUCAAUGCCAGUUCUGCCAUCAAGUAUCAGCCAAUCCAGGACUUUGAAUCCAAGCAACUGAUGGCCGAGCUGUUGGAGACCCCCGAGAACUUUUACAUGCACAACAGACGAUACAGCGCCUCUGUUAUCAUGAAGUUGACCUAUGGACACCGCCUCCCGACUUGGGACCAUCCGAUGGUGAAACGGAUCUAUCAAGUGCUGGACAACUUCACCAAUGUAUCCGCACCGGGAGCCUUUGUCGUGGACAGCUUUCCCUCGCUCGCUGCUCUGCCCCAGAGCCUCUUCGGCAAUUGGAGAACCAAGGGACAGAAGAUGUUCGAACACGACAGCAAGGUAUAUCUGGAUCUGUGGGAGACGCUGAAGAAGGAGGUCCAAAACGGCACGGCCGAGGAGUGCUUCUGCAAGGACUUCUACGUGAAUGAUCCGGCAAAAGCAGGCAUUGACGACCUACAAGCGGCCUACACUUGUGGGGGACUGAUCGAAGCCGGCUCGGAGACGACAGGAACCACGUUGAACAAUUUCCUGCUCUGCAUGGUACUACAUCCCACGGCAGUCAAGGCGGCUCAGAAUGAGAUCGACAAGGUGAUUGGACCAGGCAGGCUUCCUACGUGGGAAGACGAGAAGGAUCUCCCUUAUGUCCGAGCCCUGGUGAAGGAAGUGCUUCGUUGGAGACCGGUCAACAAAUUUGGGAUGCCUCAUGCUACAAGCGAGGACGACUGGUACCAGGGUUACUUCAUUCCCAAGGGCUCGGUAAUCAUGUUGAACUGGUGGGCCAUCCACAUGGAUGCGAGUAUACACGACGAUCCAACAGCGUUCAACCCGUCCAGAUAUCUCGACAAACCGUUGUCGGCAGCCGAGUAUAUCAAUGUGAACGACCCAUAUCAGCGAGACCACUUCACCUACGGAGCAGGUCGUCGAGUGUGCCCGGGUGUUCACGUUGCCGAACGCUCACUCUUCAUCAACAUCGUUCGGACACUCUGGGGGUUCAACAUCGAAAAAGCAAGAGACAAGGCUGGGAACGUGGUGGAACCUGAGACAGAAAUGGCUCCGGGAUUCCUCAGCGUGCCUAAGCCAUUCAAGGCUAAUAUAACUGUUCGAAGUCCCCAGCACGAGAAGGUUAUUCGUGAGGCAUACGACGAGGCACAGGCAAAAGGGAUCAAUUUCAAGGCAUAG